AGGUAAGAAUAUCUCUCAGAGAGGGGUUCUUUCAAAGCAACUUCCCGUUUGAUACUGUGCCGGUAUGUGGAAUUUAAUCAUUCCUGAGCUCUCGUUGAGCUAUCAAUAUUUUACUUGCCGAUGGACAUUAAAACUCUCACCAAUAAUAGCAUCUGUCCUGGAUUAGCAAACAAUAUCUUAAACAUCUUAAUGCCAAUUCGAGCUAUACAUCAUUGGAAACCCAGUUGAGCCUAGCAGAGUUAGGAGGUACCGGUAUUUUGGCAGUUUGGAUAGUAAAUUUCCAAACACAGCAGUAUUUGGCAUAUUGACAGAAUUUAGGCCUACAGUUCAAGCGGUGGCCUGAAACUAGGCUGCUCUGCACUGCGCAUUUCCACGUCCAUAUUCGUUGGGAGAUAUCAACUGAGCAUGUCCAGGGGUGCGGCAAUAUGUUAGACACACCUACUCUUUCCCACUAUCAUUGCACCAAUAGUAUUACUCUAUGGGACAGGUAGACACCUCAGAGGCAGGCUUCGGGAGUGAUCUGCAAGCAAGGGGUGACAGUUGUACGGUACACUAAUCUCUUCUUAUGGGUUCUUUUAGGAGGUGCACAUUGGCUGUCUGCUGUAGGCAACUGAUCGCUGCUGGUUUAUCAGCGGGGUCUUCUAUCGCCCGGGGAGUUUGUGUAUAUGCUACCACCGCCUUCUCAGACCUCGUUCUCUCCCCUUCAGUUGGAGAUUCUGCAGAUAGUGCUGUUCUUCAAACCGGCUUGUCCUACGAACACAAAUUAUCAUUUCUCUUCCUUUUUGCGACGACCAAUUUAUCCCGUUCGGGUUUUUUCACUACGAGGAGCCUUGUUUCUGACCUUCGGGUGCAUUCCGGGUCUACCACUCCCACAAGGUAAUUCUCUGACCUUUCCUUCUAAUAUAGAGUCCUCAGAGUCUAGGGUGUGAUUAACAGGUGGAUAUUAUAGCUAUCCUUACAGACAGCUGCUGAGGGAAGGGAGCCUUGAUCUCAUAAGCACUCAACAAACCGGCUGUAGAGAUGGGUUCCACAAACAAAAUGUUUGCCCCAAUUGCCUCCUGAGUAGUUUCCUGGGUUUUACUGACAAUCGAGCUGUAGCGGUGUUUGCCGGUUCUUUGCGAGCAAUGGGGAAUGCCGCUUUGGAAGUGGUUGCAAGUUCUCCCACAAUACCGAUUCCUCUUCCACCCCGGCCAAAGCAAAGCUCCCUUGCCAUUUCUUCCAAACGCAUGGCCGAUGUAGGUUCGGCGAUGAAUGCAGAUAUUCUCAUGACCCCAAUCUCCCGAAAACCCUCGAAGAUCCAUCCAGUGCGGAGUCUCUUUAUCGUGGAUGGAGCCAAUUGUUAGGGAGAAGAAACAACUAUGGGCCCGUGCAGGGACCGCCUCCUGAUCUGAUGAGCGAUCAAAUGGAGAAGUUUCUUUUGGAUGCGCUACAAAUUCUCGAAAUUGGGACUACUGGAACCAUCCAGCAAUUGAUUAGAGACCUCGGCUCUGAGCGCGGGCUUCGCCGAAUAGCUCAAAUCGUUGAGACCACUUUCGCACCCGGCUAUUCGAUCCAAAGGCUCUCCUUUAAGAAACAUGCCAUACCAUUCUUGAAGGUUAUGGCCCAUGAAUCAAUGAGGAAUUCGUUAACCCUUGAGAGAGAAGUGGGGACUAUUUUUAACUUCUUGUAUGGCUACAAUGGGCAGAGGGGCACCGGGUUUUUUCGACAGGUUGCAGAUAAUCUGCUAGGGUUAUCGGGAACUGAGGACAAAGAGGGCUUCGAACGAGCUUUUUCUGCCGCAACCUCGACGCUGUUUAGUACUCUGAAUACGAAUCAUGGUGCAUCAGUUCAGGAAGCGUUCAAACCGAUCGUUGACACCCUGAGUGCAUGUGCCACGGAGGACGGUUCUGACGGUGUGUUUAAUUAUGCAUUUCGUGUUUCUCAAGGCGAGCUUGGUCGGAUCAAGGCUCUUCUCAAUAUGGGCGAUGCAAUCCCGCGAGCGAGGGGCAUAGUGCCAUUGCGAUUCGCAAAGGACCCUAAGUUGCAGUAUCAGAUGCAGGUAGACUUUCCAGGUGAAUUCUCACGCGAGGGCCCAAGGCACGAUAACGACCACUCAGAUAUCUCCAAAAUUCGGAUUCUACCAUCAACGGAAGAGAUACUAUCUCACCGGAACGAAUUUCUUCCCCAAAGGUCACUGGAUAGUCCUCAUCACCUGGAAGGUAUUUCACGGGUGUUAGAUUUUCAAUUCCGAUUGCUCAGGGAAGAUACCUGCGGCCAACUCCGGGAAGCUGCGCGAGUGGUCCACGAUGAUUGGCAAGAGCUUAUGGAGACGGGGGGGGGAAAGGGAAAGAAGGAUAAGGGGCGUAAAUCCGGAAUUCAGACAUUAAUUUACAAGAAUGCACGAAUUGAAGAAGUAGAAUUCAGCACAAAGGAAGGACUCGUUCUCACAAUGACUUUCGACCAACCAAGCCGAGUGAAAAAACUCUCGGACGCAGCUCGCCUUGAAUGGUGGAGAAGGGCAAAAUACGUAGCUAUUGGCUCCCUCCUUUGUCUAAUGGAUAGUUCGAAGAGGAGCACCUUCUUGUUAGUUUGUCAGAGAGAAGUAAAGAAAGCAAAGCCGGAGCAAGUUCUCAGCACGGGACGCGACGAGACUGUUUGGGAUCUCGCUUCCAAUCCCGAAAGGUGUAUGGUUAAGUUUCGUUUUGCCGAGUCGAUCUCACAAGACGAUAUCGCCAAUAUACUCAAUUCAGUCACAGGAUUCGGGAAUACUGAUACCACCAGGGCCCUGGUUGAGUUUCCGGGAUUACUUUUCGCUUCCUUUGAUCCGGUUCUAAAAACCUUGCAGCAGCUAUCGAAGAGCUCAAACCUCCCACUCCAAAAAUGGCUCGCCCCGUCACCCAAUUAUUAUUACCCUCCCGACACCAAGUCUGAGCACACACUUGUGCCGCCUCCUCUAUAUAUGACGAAGCCUGGAACGGAAUUAGAUUUGAGUUGCAUUGCCGGAGGAUAUCCGUUGAAGUACUCGAUAAAUCGCCCAUUCAAAGUGGAAGAAUUAAAAGCCCGUACAACCCUCGACAAGGGCCAAUGUCAGGCAAUGAUUGCCAGUUUGAGCCAAGAGCUGUCGCUGAUCCAAGGGCCGCCGGGGACUGGGAAGUCACAUCUUGGGGUGCAGAUUGUUAAGGUUUUGUUAGCCAACCGAUCAAGGACUGGGAUUGGUCCCAUCAUAUGUGUGUAUGUUCGCCUUUUCCGUCUACACCCUCGGCGAUCAUUGGUAGAACUGAAAUCUGACUCUGGCAACCAUUAGUUGCUAUACGAACCAUGCUCUUGAUCAGUUUUUGAAGCAUCUUCUUGACGAAGGGGUAACGAAUAUUGUUCGCAUCGGAUCCCGCACCAAGCUCGAGGAAAUAGAAUCUCUUUCAUUACAAACUGUCUGUCAGAGAUCUCAAGAACCUACGGUAAUCGAAAGACGUGAGAUUGGGAAAACCUUCAAUCACUUGCAAGUCAUUGGCGCGGAGAUGGGCGAUGUUUGCGUUCAGUUGCUUAGCCCAAAUCAUCCGGGCUCUUUGAAAAGGUAUCUUGAGGAUCAUCAGCCCACUACCUACGAAAUAUUGUUCGGCGAUGAGCAGGAAGAUGAGGAUGGAUUCACAACCGUCAGAAGAGACAUCCGAGGUGGGGAUCGUGCGGUCAUUGAAAAUUGGAUUCGUCACAGAGACCCGGUUUACCCUUAUUAUGCAAACACCAAUAGGCCAAUCAAUGAGCUUUUGGGAAUAGAUAUUCGAAAGAUGUCUUACGAGGAGAAGUUGAAGCUUAAGCAAUACUGGCUUGAUGACAUGAGAACUGUUGUGAGCUCGGAACUUCUUCAAGGAGUUAGCGAACACGCGGAAUGCCGUGCGCAUCUCAGCAAGCAGUAUCAAGAGAGGGAACGCCGAUGUCUUUCGUCUAGCAAUGUUAUUGGGGUAACUACCACGGGGUUCGCAUCAAGAUCGGAACUUAUCCGCUCUCUUACAGCGAAAGUCUUGAUGUGUGAAGAAGCUGCGGAGGUUCUGGAAGCCCAUAUUCUAAGCGCAUUACUGCCGACGUUAGAACAUGCCAUUCUCAUCGGGGAUCAUCAACAGUUACGGCCCCAGAUCAUGAACCACGACCUCUCGGUUGAAAAUCCUCGGGGAGGGACAAAAUAUGGGCUAAACACCUCGCUGUUUGAGCGUACAGCUGAACAUGAAAGGUACGGAGGUAGGAAAUUUCCUGUCUCAGGGUUGGAGAUACAAAGACGGAUGCAUCCCUCCAUUUCUGCCUUAAUCAGGAACACACAAUAUCCCAAGUUGUCCGAUCACCCUACCAUGCUCAAAAACCCCCCCGUUCCAGGUUUGGCGAAGCGGCUAUUCUGGAUGGAUCAUAGACAUCUCGAAGCGGGGGCAGACAAAACAGAAUUGAUACAGACCUCCCACGCGAACGAUUUUGAGGUUGAUAUGGUCGUUGGGCUUGUGAGACAUUUGUCUCGGCAGGGGGUGUAUAAGAGCGGUGAUAUUGCAGUAUUGACACCCUACUUGAGGCAGUUGUUCAAUCUGAGAAAGAAAUUGGGCUCUGUUUUUGAUGUUGUAGUUGGGGAUAGGGACCAGGAACAGCUCGAUUUGGAGGAAUCGAAGGAUGGGGAUUUAGAACUGGACCCACCAACCACGGGGCAAAAGGAAGUGAAGAAAGGAGAUUUACUGAGCGAAGUAAGAGUUGCCACCGUGGAUAAUUUUCAAGUGAGUUUAAACCGCCGAUCUGUUUGAGACUUUGCGACUAAAUUUUGCGGGAAUCCAUCAGGGAGAAGAGGCCAAGGUUGUGGUAAUAUCAUUGGUCAGAAGCAAUGACGCCAACAAAUGCGGGUUUUUGGGAACCUCGAAUAGGAUCAACGUGCUUCUAAGGUAAAUUCCAUGCUAUUAGGCUUGCAACCUAUUGCUAAACACAUGGGUAGUCGUGCUCAACAUGGGAUGUACAUUUUUGGCAAUGCCGCUACUUGCAAUCAGGUAAAAAUGUGGUCGGAUGUUAUCGGUAUCCUCGAACAAGGGGGCAACAUCGACGACACACUUCCGCUCCGCUGUCCUCGGCACCCGGAUACUCAGAUAGAUAUCAAAACUCCCGAGGAAUUCCAUGUCUUCUCUCCCGAAGGCGGAUGUAUGCAGCGAUGCGAAUGGAGAUUGGACUGCGGCCAUCCAUGCGUCAAAAAAUGUCAUUCAGACACACUUCAUAGGAACACAGUAUGUAUGGAUGAGUGCGAGCGGACCUUUAAGCACUGCGGUCAUCCUUGCCCUAAAUUAUGCGGAGUUUCCUGCGGCAACUGUCUCGUAUCGGUACCCGGAGUUGUGCUGCCGUGUAGGCACGAAUCGCCAACCCUAAUGUGUUUUCAACUCCAAAAUCUCGCAGGUGUCAAAUGCAAAAGGGAGGUCGAGCGAACGCUCCCCUUAUGUGGGCAUGUGGUAUCUCUAAAAUGUCAUAUCGACCCCGAUGGACACAAAUGCAACGAGCCAUGUGGAGCGAUCCUCCCUUGUGGCCACCAAUGUACGAUGAAGUGCAAACAAUGCACUAGGCGGAUUGAUCUUGAAGACAGCUCAUACACUAUUACGAACCAUGGUAUGUGUAAGGUUCUCUGUGGAAGAAAAUUCGCCAACUGCAAGCAUAGUUGCGGUGUACCCUGUCACGGUGGUGACACCUGCAAACCGUGUAGUGAGCUCUGCGAAGUUAGAUGCGCACAUUCGCGUUGCGGGAAGAAAUGCUCAGAGGCCUGCGCUCCGUGUGCUGAAGAAUGUCGAUGGUCGUGUGAGCACCGAGGAGUCCGUUGUGAGAUGCCAUGCGCCGCUCCCUGCGACAUUAACCCAUGUUUUAAACGCUGUGACCUACAGCUCGCGUGUUCCCACCAAUGCCCCUCUGUUUGCGGAGAGGAAUGCCCGUCAGAAGAAUACUGCCAGGAAUGCGGAAGCGACGAAAUAUUGGACAGACAAGCCGAUCUGAUCAUGUUUGAGACCUACCGCAAUAUCAAUUUGGACGAGGAUCCGGUCAUCGUUCCUAAAUGCGGACACUUCUAUACCUUAGAUACAUAUGACAAUCAUAUGGGCCUAAAAAGGGUGUAUAGAUUUGACAUGUUUGGCAAAAUUACUGGCCCAAGGCCGCUUGACGGCAGCGACGAACCUGCAGACGGUGAUUCAGAGAAGGAAGAGUUGAAAAUUAAAAAUUGUCCGGAUUGUAGAGCUCCUCUCAGGGACAUCCAUCGAUAUAACCGCAUCAUUAAAUCAGCAAGUCUUGAUGAAGCCACACGGCGCUUCUGUAUCAGUAGCCACGCUGAGUCUACCGAAUUUUUCAGGGAGGUUUCCGAUGCUGAGGAUCUGCUGGAGGCUAACCGGGGAGAUUUUAUACAAGGCCUGAAGAAUAGACCUGCGAACAGCCCAAGCCCUUUGACGAAAUUACUUGACCGCGCGAACCGCAGCACAGGCCUUGCCAAACGACUACAAACCUAUGUUUCGAAGGUUAAGGUGGAGGAGCAACCUUAUGGCAGAGUUCGCCAACUAGUGCUCAACGCAGAAAGGCGCAAGGGCACACGAGGUAACUUUGUCAUCGACAGAUCGAUGGUCCAAUUCGGAUUCAGACUGAAAGGUCAACUGCUAUUUUUCCAAUUGCGUUGGGCGGCUUUAUGGGACAUGCACGAGGUUAUCGCCGGCCUGGUAGUCCCCAAACACCUCCGCAAGACAUAUAAGGAGAACCUCCUCGCGCAACUUAAGAAAAUGCGGAUGGAAUGUGGAACACUUGUCGCCGACUGCCAGAGUGCAAAGAUGGAAAAACUGGAGUGCGAAGCACGAAUUUACCAGGCGCAGUUCUUCGCUCUCUAUCGGAGCACACUGAUGAGUGAGAGGCAAGUUAGGCCACUAGAAGCAAGGAUGGCCGGUCUUGGUCCCGACCAUGCCGAACGGCCACCUCCUCAAGAACCGAUUUAUGAAGAUCUUGGUCCUGAAAUCCUUGGGGAAAUACGCCAAUCCCUCGAUAACUGUGAAUAUCUCUGCAGGAAACUUCCAGGCACUGUUGGGCCCCUAAAGGAUAGAGUCAACCAAGCCCGUCAGCUACUUAAUGGACCCGUAGUAUUCUAUGCUCCUGUUAGUACUGAGGAGAAGAGACUCGUUCAUCUGGCAAUGAGCGCAGAAUUUAGUAGCACGGGAAGGUGGUAUACCUGUCCCAAUGGUCAUCCGGUAAGUAAGGGGCUGCAGUGCUCACGGAUCUGGGUGCAAGCUAACCGGUCGCUAAACAGUUCACGAUUGGAGACUGUGGAAUGGCUCGUGAGGCGAGGCCUUGUCCGGAUUGCGGGGCGACAAUUGGAGGAAGAGGUUAUCAACUUGCAGGCGGUGUUAGAAUUGCGGAGGAGUAUGCACAGUUCGAUGGCCAACACGGGAGAGGCAGGAUAUAGGGUUAUACAUCCUGGUUUACAACGUUAGACCGUUAGGGCCUAUAAUUUGUCAUUUUCCUUUAGUUAUGAUACUUCACGAGAGUUAUUUAUAUCAAUGAAAUGUUAUGAUUCUGUUUCCCAAUGAAAGAUGGGAGGGAUAACCUUUAGUAGCGCAGCAACUCGCUAGUUUGUACAGCGCUCACCUUACACUCAGGAACAGAUCCAGCCUAAGCGGUUGGGAAAUAUUCCAGGCUAUCAAUAUCACACGAAUACAUAUAAAUAUCUCCGAGCCGGUACAGAUAG